AUGAGUCCAGCUUUCGAAAUCGAGAGUGUCAUUCAAGAGGCGACGAUCAACGAAAAGAUCUCUCUACUCGCAGGGAAGGAUUUCUGGCAUACCCAUCCUCUAGAGCGCUUCAAUAUCCCCUCUAUCCGUACAAGUGAUGGUCCCAAUGGCGUACGAGGCACCAAAUUCUUUGGCGGCGUUCCAGCGGCCUGUCUUCCAUGCGGCACCGGUCUAGCAUCGACUUGGGACCUCGAACUUCUCCGCAAAGCUGGCAUGCUCAUCGGAGAAGAAUGCCUCGCCAAAGGGGCUGCGUGCUGGCUCGGCCCCACAAUAAACAUCCAGCGAUCGCCUCUCGGUGGCCGUGGCUUCGAGUCAUUCUCCGAGGAUCCAUAUUUCAGCGGCAAAUUAGCAGGGAGCUACAUCAACGGUGUGCAGAGCAAGGAUGUGGUUGCGACUGUGAAGCAUUAUGUAGCGAAUGACCAGGAGCAUGAGCGAGUUGCUGUAGACGCUAAGGUCACCGAGCGAGCCUUGAGGGAGAUUUAUCUGCUUCCCUUCCAGAUCGCCAUCGCGGAUUCUGCGCCAGGUGCAGUUAUGACCGCAUAUAACAAAGUGAAUGGAACACACGUUUCGGAGGAUAAGAGGCUUCUCCAAGAUAUUCUGAGGAAUGAAUGGCGCUGGAAAGGAUUAGUGAUGAGUGACUGGUUUGGGACGUAUUCCACGACUGAGGCUUUCAAUGCUGGACUGGAUCUGGAAAUGCCUGGACCAUCGAGAUGGCGUACUGGAAUCGCAAAUCUUGCAGUAUCAUCGAGAAAAGUUACUGACGAAACCAUCAACGACCGUGUCCGCAACGUUUUGGAAUUUGUGCAACGAGCAAGCAAAGCAAAGAUUUCUCUAACAGAGACUGUACGAGACUUCCCAGAAGACAGGAAGUUAAAUCGGCAACUGGCUGGCGAUAGUGUAGUCGUUCUGAAAAAUAAUGCUAGUGUUCUCCCACUAUCCAAAGAUAUCAAGCAAAUUGCCUUGAUUGGAUCGAACCUAAAGAAUGUCGCCUUUUGUGGAGGUGGCAGCGCGUCACUAGAGCCAUACUACACCAUCUCGCCUUAUCAAGGCAUUAUUGAUAAGCUUGGAAAAGAUACAGCUGUACACUACGAGAUCGGAGCAUAUUCCCAUGCCCUUCUUCCAAUAUUGAGCGAUGGUUUAACAACUCCAGAUGGAAGGCCUGGAGCAUUGAUAUCCUUCUUCGCUGACCCACCGUCAGUAUGCAAUCGGCAAGUGGUAGACCAACUCUCGAUUCGUGAGGCCUUCUUCCAGUUAAUGGACUACCGCCAUCCACAGCUCGAGACCCUGUACUAUGCUACGGUUGAAGGGUUCUUCCUCGCCCCAGCAACUGGGAUAUUUCAAUUUGGCAUCACCGUCUACGGCUCCGGAAACCUUUUUAUCGAUAACAAGCUGGUGAUUGAGAACACGGAGACUCAGCGCCCCGGAACCUCCUUCUUCGGCAAAGGCACAGCUGAGGAAAUCGGUGAGGUCGACCUCGUCGAAGGUAAGACUUAUCACGUAAGAUUAGAAUUCGCGAGCAGCCCAACGAGCAAAGUGCUCAAGCCAGGUGUCGUCGCAUUUCCGGGAGGGGCGGGCAGGAUUGGAACAGCCCUCAAAAUCAACGAAGAGGAGCAUAUCCGGCGAGCGGCUAGGCUCGCGAGCGAGAACGAACAUACGAUCAUUUGUGUAGGCCUGUCUAAAGACUGGGAGAGCGAGGGAUUUGAUCGCCAAGAUAUGGAUCUACCAGGCAACGUCUCACGGCUACUCAGCGCAGUCGUGGAAGCAAAUCCCAGGACCGUCGUUGUCACGCAGAGUGGAACGCCGAUCAACAUGCUGCCAUGGGCGGACAAAACGACAACGCAGGUACAUGCGUGGUAUGGAGGGAACGAGACUGGUAAUGGGCUAGCGGAUGUGCUGUUUGGGGAUGUGAAUGCGAAUGGGCGGCUGCCGUUAAGUUUUCCGAGGAGAAAUGCAGAUAAUCCUGCGUUUCUAAAUUUUAGGAGUGAAGGCGGGAGAGUGGUUUAUGGGGAGGAUAUUUAUGUUGGGUAUCGGUAUUAUGAGAAGGUGGAGAGGGAGGUGUUGUUUCCGUUCGGACAUGGAUUAUCGUACACCACGUUUGAAUUCUCAGACUUGCAUGUCGAGAAGACGAGAGUAGUGUUGAAAGUCACGAAUACAGGUGGCUGUGCCGGGAGAGAAGUGAUACAAUUGUACAUAGGAGCUGACGAGCACGCCUCGAGAAUCAGCAGGCCUAAAAAGGAGCUAAAGGGGUUUGCAAAGGUGUUCCUGGAAAUGAACGAAAUGCAAGAGGUCAUCAUCCAGCUUGACAGGUUUGCAACCGCCUAUUAUGACGAAAUCCUUGCGAAAUGGGUCAAUGAGAAGGGGAAGUAUAAAGUUCUGAUUGGUAAGAGCAGCGCGAAUAUUGUCCUUGAGGGAGAUUUGGAAGUAGAAGAGACAGUCGUGUGGUCAGGAUUAUAGGCAUGAG